UUCAGGUGUUUUAUCCAGUCCUCUCCCAUGGCGAGAACCAAGCACAUCGCUUCUAUGAAACGAAAACAAAAGGCAUCCGCUACAAAAAAAGCAGCUGCCACCGCAGCCUCGCAGUCGACGGCGUCUCCUCAAACCCGCUUGGCUAGCAGUAGGAGGCCAAGUAAAACUGGAGGACAGGCCACAUCAUCUCAAGGAACACCAAGGAAGCCUCAUCGUUUUAGACCAGGAACUAGGGCACUUCAAGAGAUUCGGAAAUACCAGAAGACCACAGAUCGACUUAUCCCUGCUGCCAGCUUCAUCAGAGAAGUAAGAGCUAUUAGCUACCGGUUGGCACCAGACAUAGGUCGUUGGCAAGCUGAAGCUUUAGUUGCAAUUCAAGAGGCUGCAGAGGAUUAUUUGAUUCAAUUGUUUGGAGAUGCAAUGCUGUGCGCAAUUCAUGCUAAGCGUGUAACACUGAUGAAGAAGGAUAUUCAGUUGGCACGGCGACUCGGUGGGAUGGGGCAACCGUGGUAAGAUCUUGCACUUUAACCACUCCCAAGUGUCAAGAUUCUUAUGUUGUAUGGUAUCAGAUCUUAGGUCAGAACACUAGUCAUCUCUACCCAUUCCCCGAUCACCAAUGUACCAAAAG